UUUUGCGGACAAUUUUGCGGACAAUUUUUGCGGACAUUUGAGGGAACGGAAGUUCAAACGAUUUUAUCCUUCUAUCUGACCAUUAUGAGUCCGCAAAAGCCCUCACAAUUUUUUUUCAAUUUAGGAAGAAAAAAUGGCAAAUCUUCACAAAAUCAUUCAAACCUGUUCAAACGAAAAGUUUUUGGAAAUUUAUGUUUGUGAGGAGAAAGGAAGGGGGAUAAAGUCUAAAAAGUGGUUUGCUAAAGGAGAAUUUGUUGUGGAAUAUAAAGGUGAAAUUAUCAAUUCAAAAAUUGCUCGGAUUCGAGAAGAGGAAUACUCUUUAAAUGAAAAUAUUGGUUCUUACAUGUAUUAUUUUAAACAUCAAGGAAAUCUUUAUUGUGUGGAUGCUACACAGGAAACAAAAUAUAAAGGACGGCUAAUUAAUCACAGCGCUUUAAGGCCGAAUUUGAGGACACGGGUUAUCGACUUUGGCUCAUCUUUCCAUUUAAUUCUCGUUGCAAAAAGAGAUAUAAAUAUUGGAGAAGAAUUGCUUUAUGACUAUGGAGAACGAAGAACUGAAGUUAUUGCAAAGAAUCCAUGGCUUUUAAAAUCAUAG